GGCUCGAGCCUGCUCGACCUGGGCCGCCAUGUGACGCCACAUGUGGGCCGGAGCAGGGGCGCGCGGCCGACUUGUCGGCCGCCCCCGUUCGCGAGGGGUCACCCCCGAGGACCCCCGGCGGAGAGCGAGGCGGCCGACGAGCCGCGGUUCAUGCAAAAGGAGGGCAUGAAGCUCAUCCAGACGGUGAAGCGCCGCAUGGGCAACGACGAGAGCAAGGGCAAGGCGUCGGGGGCGAAGGACCCCUCGGCGAAGAGCCGCUCGGCCGGCUCGGCGGCGGCGGGCGAGGGCGGCAAGGCCUCCGGGGUGCCGCGCUCGGCGGUGGACGCGGGCGCAAUCGCGGCGCUCCCGAAGCUGCGCGAGGCCCCGGCGGUGGAGCGGUCCGACCUGUUCCGUCGGAAGAUAGAGGUCUGCUGCGUGGUCUUCAACUUCUCGAACGACUCGUGCCAGCGCGAGAAGGAUGCCAAGCGCCAGACUCUGCUGGAGAUGGUAGAGUACGUGAACAACACGCGAAACUGUUUCAACGAGGCCCUCAUGCAGAAUGUCGUGAACAUGGUGAGUGUCAAUAUUUUUCGAGCCCUGCAGAUACGGAACAAGGAUGUAAGAACCUUUUCGGACCCGGAAGAGGAAGAACCUAACCUUGAAAGGGCGUGGCCACACUUGCAGAUUGUGUAUGAGUUUUUCCUGCGCUUCAUUGUCUCGAACGACGUGGACCCCAAGAUCGCGAAGCGUUUUGUUGACCAGAACUUCAUGACAAAGUUGCUCGAGCUCUUCGACUCUGAAGACCCCCGCGAGCGUGACUACCUCAAGACGAUCCUGCACCGCAUCUACGGCAAGUUCAUGGCCCUCCGCUCUUUCAUCCGCCGCGCCAUCCAGCACGUCUUCUUCAAGGUCACCUACGAGUCGGAGAGCCACAACGGCGUUGGCGAGUUGCUGGAGAUCCUGGGCAGCAUCAUCAAUGGCUUUGCCCUGCCCCUGAAAGACGAGCACAAAGACUUCCUGAUGAAGGCCCUGAUUCCCCUCCACAAGGUCAAGUCCCUGGGAUCUUUCAACCAGCAGCUCACUUACUGCAUGGCGCAGUACGUGGAGAAAGACCCUCGCCUGGCCUACGACAUCAUCACGGCGAUGCUUCGGUUCUGGCCCUUGUCGAUCACGGCCAAGCAGGUCCUGUUCCUGAACGAGCUUGAGGAGACGUUGGAGCUCACGCAGCCGUCCGACUUUCCCCGCCUGCAGGUUCAGCUGUUCCACCGCCUCGCGCUGUGCAUCACCUGCCCGCACUUCCAGGUCGCCGAGCGUACGCUCUUUUAUUGGAACAAUGACUACAUCGUGAAGCUGAUCAACCAGAAUCGCCACGUGCUAUUCCCAAUGAUCAUCGGGGCUCUGUACAAGAAUUCCAAGCAGCACUGGAACAGCGCGGUCCACGGCCUCACCUUCAAUGUGCUGAAGCUGCUGAUGGAGGCGGACCCGCUGCUCUUCGACCAGUGUACCGCGCAGCACCAGCAGGACAAGGAGCAGGAGGAGCGCCGCGAGCAGGCGCGGAAGCAGAAGUGGAAGACGCUGCAGGACCUGCAUGACGCAAAGGUGGGCAGCCGGCGAACGUGAGCGGGGCUUUCGUUCGACCCGCCGCUGCGGCAGUUCCCCCGACAUCGGCGGAGGUGUGCAUGAGGGUGGCUCUGUGAUGUGUGUGUGUGUUGAGUUCGGUGUAUUAUCCUUCUCCUCCAGCCUCUCACCCUUCCUGGGCUCGGCCUUGCGACUGGGUUUUUUCUUGCAUAUCCGGUGGCAUCUUGAGAUAAAUGUCUCGCUGGGAGCUAGGGCGUCGCGAGCCACACCAGAUCCAUUCCCAUUUGUCCGCCUCCCAGGUCCAUCAUCACUACCAUCAUCCACCCCCCUCUCUCCUCAUCAUCCUCCGUCUUCUCCACCCGAAGAGUGGCAUGAUACUCCUCCUGGCGAGGCAGUAGGGUGCUGCCGCGCCGAAGGCGUUGCCAGGCUGCGCCGCUGGCCACGCAGCGUUUUUUUACGCACGUAGGCGAGCCAGCCCAGCUCCCGUCCUCUCUCCUCUGUUUCCUUCUCACUUGACUUACUUGCGGGCAGUCGCUUUUCAGGAGCGAAAAGAGGACGUACGCGUACACGAAUACACGUUUGUCUGG